CUUCUCGCCCUCGCCCUGCCCUACCCUCCCGCCGUGCCCCCCUCCUCCAGCCUCCCUCCCCCCUACCGCUCCUCCCCAACCCUUCUCUCCCACUCGAGACAGUUCUCCCCCCGUCCACCAUGUCGCUCAGCUUCAAGACCGCCGUCGGCAACGUCGUGGAGGGCGCCCUCACAUACCCCUUCGUCAAGCUGGCCCAGCUGAAGUUCACCCUCCAGGCGACCAAGGACUGCCCGGACCUGGCUGCUGCCCAGGAGCAGGCUGUCACCGAGCUCUUCGAGCUCAUCAAGAAGCACGAUAUGGCCCCCUUCUAUGAGGCGAUCUGCGCCUCCGGCCUUUGGCCCAAGCCUCUGGACGCGACCCUGCUUGCUCAGCUGAAGGAGAGCAACACGGCUGCCCUUGCGCGCUUCGAUGCCGAGCUUGAGACCGCCAAGGAGUCCGCUGGACCGUCCGAGGUCCAGGCGGCCAACCAGAAGAUCGCCGAGUACAAGGCCUUCAUCGGUGCCCCGGACGCGGCCGCCGCCCUGGAGACCGUCCUCGAGAGCACGGUCGGUGCCGGCCCCCGCCUGGACAACGUCCUCCUGCUGGCUCGGUUUGCCUUUUCCCUGGCUGACAAUGCCCUGAUUGGCAAGUACAUUGACCGCGCCAAGAAGCUGAUUGAUGCCGGUGGCGACUGGGACCGUCGCAACCGCCUGAAGGUCUACGAGGGCACCUAUCUCAUGUCCAUCCGGGACUUUACUCGCGCGUCGGAGCUCUUCCUCUCGGCCCUGCCCACCUUCACCAGCACUGAGCUCCUGCAAUAUGACACCUUUAUCUCGUACUCCAUCCUGAUGUGCCUGUUCACCCUGGACCGCGAGAUGCUCAAGUCCAAGAUUCUCGACUCGCCCGAGGUCCUUGAGGUCGCCAUCAAGGUGGCCCCCUUCCUGAACCUGGCCGAGUCUUUCUACAACUGCGAGUACCGGGCUUUCUUCACCCACCUGGCCGAGGUGGAGGCUCUCCUGAAGAAGGAUCUUUUCCUCUUCCCCCACUACAAGUAUUACGUCCGCGAGAUGCGCAUCCGUGCUUACGCCCAGUACCUGGAGCCGUACAAGUCGGUCAAGCUCCAGAGCAUGGCCGACACCUUUGGCGUGUCGCCGACCUUCAUUGAUGAGGAGCUGUCGCGCUUCAUCUCGGCCGGGCGCAUCCACUGUGCCAUCGACGCCGUGUCGGCCACCAUCGCCACCCGGCGCCCGGACAACCGCAACAGCCACUACCGGUCGAUUGUCCAGGAGGGGGACCUGCUGCUGAACCGCAUCCAGAAGCUGGCGCGUGUGACCGAUCUGUAAGGGAGAACCGCCGCCAGGAGCGGGCCUUCCAGCGGACGGGGCACCGGCCUCGCCGCUGCUCUUCCCCCGCCCUCUCCCGGCGUGCAUUCCGUGUCCUCUGUUUGUCCCUCUUUCCAAUGCUCUCUCUCUCUCUCUCUCUCC